UUCACAAACCAACACUCAAACUAACAUACAUCAACUACAUUCCAAAAAAUCACAAUGGGAGGAGCUGAUCAAGUGCACAUCACCCGACGUUCAUCGAUGACAGCCAACGGCGACAACGUUAAGGAGAAUCAUGGAGGCGAUACCAGAAACUUACCAGUAGACGCUGUGAUCAAUCUGGAUCAUGGUGAUCCAACGAUGUAUGAGUCUUAUUGGAGAAAAGUAGGGGACGAGUGUACGUUUGUGAUUAAAGGGUUUGAAUCUUUAAGUUACUUUUCAAACCCUAAUAACCCUUGUUGGUUUCUUGAACCAAAGCUUGAAGAAGCGAUUAAGAAUCUGCAUGGUGCGGUAGGGAAUGCGGUAACCGAUGGUUACUCGAUUAUUGUUGGGACUGGUUCGAGCCAGUUGCUGCAAGCCGUGCUUUUCGCGGUCACAACGCCACUUGAACAUGCUAGCCAGAUCAAUGUUGUGUCACCUGCCCCUUAUUAUUCUUCGUACCCGGAGAUUGUGGAUUUGGUGAAGUCUGGAUUGUACAAGUGGGCGGGUGAUGCCCAUGAGUUCGAGAAAGAUGAACCAUAUAUCGAGCUCGUGACAUCACCUAACAACCCUAGUGGUGUGAUCCGAGGUUCGGUGGUGAACCGUGAAGGUGGGGUGUUGAUUCAUGAUCUUGCUUAUUAUUGGCCUCAAUACACCCCCAUCACCUCUUCUUUAGAUUUCGACAUCAUGUUGUUUACCGCUUCUAAAUGCACUGGCCACGCGGGUUCGCGAGUUGGAUGGGCACUUGUUAAAGACAAAGAGGUGGCGAAAAAGAUGACUAAAUUCAUGGAAGUGAACACAAUAGGUGUGUCGAAAGAACCACAACUCCGCGUUGCAAAGAUCUUGCAAGUGAUUGCUGAUCGAUGCAAACGUUUUGGAUCCCCCGAAGGCGAUGACUUUUUCGAAUACAACAAAAAUUUGUUGACAGAAAGAUGGGAGAUUUUAAGGGAAACUGUGAAAAAAACUCAGAUGUUUACUCUACCAAAGUAUCCUCUCCAGCAUUGCAAUUACACUGGAGAUGUUACACAAGCACAUCCAGCUUUUGCAUGGAUGAAAUGCAAGGAAGGAAUCGAAGACUGUGAGAAGCUGUUUAGAAAUCACAAGAUCUUAACAAGGAGUGGAAGGAGAUUCGGGUCGGAUCCGGGGUUCGUUAGAGUUAGUAUGGUUGGUAGAGAUGAAGAGUUUAAGUUGUUCAUUGAUAGGCUUUCAAUGAUUUAGAUCUUCAACAAUGGUGAUGGGAAUCUUCUAAUAUAAAUAUGAAACUGGUGUAGAUCCAGAAUGUGAGGUGUUUGACUAGCAAGCCACCCCCUCUUUAUGUUUAAGUAUGUUAUGCUUUUUAAUUAUGCUGAAUUCCCUAUCUAUAAUAUAUAUCAUGAUUAUGAUGUCUUAUUAAUC